GAAAAAAUUCAUGAAUAAAAGCCUCAUACUUAGUAUCUCUCAAACGUGCCCUUUCCAAACAUAGUCACCAUUUUUGCUUUACAUAUUUUUUUUCUAACAUGGCCAUAGAAGACACUCCACCACCCAUUCUCAAUGCACCACUUUUACCCCUUCACGGGCCAAUUAAUCAAGAAACACCAACCACUUUCUUUACAGCAAUAACAUCAAUUUUAAACCUUAAAAACUUUUAUGUCAUAUUAGGACCUUUGUUGUCUAUUAUUAUUUGCUUCCUAGUGAAACUCGAUGCUCCUUCUACAAGCACAAAAAUGCUUGGUGUGAUUGCUUGGGUUUUCACUUGGUGGAUCACUGAGGCUGUGCCACUUCCUAUUACUUCCAUGUGUCCCCUUUUUUUGUUUCCUCUUUUUGGAAUUGCUUCAGCUGAUAGUGUUGCUCAUUCUUAUAUGGAUGAUGUCAUCGCUCUUAUUUUAGGAACUUUCAUACUUGCUCUUGCUGUUGAACGAUACAACGUCCAUAGAAGAUUGGCUUUGAAUGUAACAUUGGUAUUCAGUGGCGAUCCACUGAAUCCAGCAAUGCUACUAUUAGGUCUAUGUGGAACCUCAUUUUUCAUAAGCAUGUGGAUACACAACGUGGCAGCAGCAGUAAUGAUGAUGCCGGUAGCAACAGGAAUAUUAAACCGGCUACCACCGGUAGAAGAGCAGUCAGAAUUAAUGAACAAGUUCAGCAGAGCAGUGGCUCUAACUGUGGUGUACGGUGCACCAAUUGGAGGAAUAAGCACUCUAACAGGAACAGGUGUUAACUUGAUAGUAAUUGGAAUGUGGAAAAGCCUUGUCCCAGAAGGAAAACCAAUAAGCUUCAGUACUUGGUUUUUCUUUGGGUUUCCUGUGGCUGUUUUGUUGCUUCUAUGUUUUUGGAUUAUGCUUUGUUUGGUUUAUGUUCGAAAGGGGUCGCGUAGGGAUUUGUCUCAUUUUUUGGAUAGAGCUCAUUUGAAGAGAGACCUUCAAGCUCUUGGUCCCAUGACAUUUGCUGAAAAGAUGGUGUUGUGUGUGUUUGGGUUGUUGAUAAUACUAUGGAUGACAAGAAGAAUCUCAGAUAACAUUCCUGGAUGGGGAGUUUUGUUCCAUGGCCUUGUUGGUGAUGGAAGCAUUAGCGUUUUGGCGGCUGUAUUAUUGUUCAUAAUCCCUAACAUGGAGCAAGAUGGGGAGAAACUAAUGAAUUGGAAUGAAUGCAAGAAGUUACCAUGGAACCUCAUUUUGCUUAUAGGAGCUGGAUUUGCCUUAGCAGAUGGAGUACAAUCUAGUGGUUUAGCAGAUGUAAUGUCAAAAGCCUUAGAAUUCUUAAAAGAUGUUCCAUACUUGGCAAUUGUUCCUGCUGUUUGUCUACUAUGUAGCAUUAUGACUGAAAUCAUCACUUCCAAUGUUGCCACAGCCACACUUCUUGUGCCACUUUUGUAUCACAUUGCUAAAACUAUGCAUGUGCAUCCACUUCUUCUUAUGAUUCCUGGUGGUAUAGCUACUGAAUUUGCAUAUUGGCUUCCAACUUCAACACCAUCUAAUGUUGUUGGAUUUGCUACUGGACACAUUCAAAUUAUAGACAUGCUUAAAGUUGGUGUGCCACUUAAGGUUGUUGGAAUUUCUGUGUUGUCUCUUCUCAUGCCAACACUUGGAUCCAUUGUUUAUGGAACAAAUUAUGGUACUGAAUAGGUGGCAAAAGCAAACCCUAGUUUCAAAAACAAAUUUCAUUUUCAACCUCAAAAAUUAUGCAUUUUUUGUAAUUUGUUUAAUAUGUAGAUAAUUAAUUUAUUUAGGUGAUUCUACGUACUUAUAACAUAUAUUGCAUCAUUUAAAAAUUUGUCAUAUCA